AUGGUUUUCUCUCCCUAUCCAGAUCUACUCAAAACAUUCAACUCCCAAACUCUUUCUCAACGUUUGGUGAUCCCAAGUGAUUACAGACAAUACUAUCCAACGCCUCUCCCUCAGACAGCUGUUAUCCGGAAGGCAGAAGGAAUCUUCUGGACAGUCAAAUGGACAAUCGGCCAAGACGAGACUAUCAGCUUCGAAGAUGGUUGGCAUAAGUUCGUCACCGACCACCGUCUCAUCGAUGGAGACAUUCUCUCGUUCACCUACGACGGCUCUCGAAGCUUUUGGGUUCGCAUCUACCGGAACGGACUCAUUCUCAAGGCAGAGACUCCUAUCAAAGUUCAAGAAAUUUCAGAUGACGAUGAUGAUGAUGAUAGUGGUGAUGAUGAGGAUGUUGAUUAUGAUCCAGACAAAGGAGAAGAUAGCGAUGAGCAAAUGGUGAUUUCUCUUUCUUUGGAAAGCAGCAGCAGUGAAGAAGAUUGUAUUAAUGAUAUUGAUACCACGUCUUCUAAAGUUAACAACGCUCGUUUCGAGAAAGGAGAGUCCUCGCAAAAGAAACGAGCUGCUUCCAUUAAUGAUCCGGACAUGUAUCUUGAUGAUCCCACUAACCCUUGCUUCAUCGCAGCCUCGUCAUGUUCGAAGCGUUUGGUGAUUGCUGCGCAAGUAAUCAAAGACUACAAUUUGAAAUUUGGUGGCACGGUGAAUCUCAUCGAUCAGUUUGGGGAGUUAAAGGCAAAAGUUGGAGAAUGGAAUGAUCGUUUUGUGGCUUUCGAGUGGGACAAGAUCUAUAAAAGAAAUGGUGCAAGGCGCGACGAUACAAUCAUAUGUGAGAUUAUACGUCAAGGAGGUGUUGUUCAAUCCAUCAAACCUCAUUUCAUUAUGAAAUGA